AUCCCGGGCCGGGGGUGUCGGGGGGCUGCGGGCCCCAGCUCCGGUCACUAUGGACAGUUUUUUCUUCGGCUGCGAGCUUUCCGGCCACACCCGCUCUUUCACCUUCAAGGUAGAGGAAGAGGAUGAUGCAGAGCACGUGCUGGCUUUGACCAUGCUCUGCCUCACCGAGGGGGCCAAAGAUGAGUGUAAUGUGGUAGAAGUUGUGGCCCGUAGUCAUGACCACCAGGAGAUUGCAGUCCCCGUGGCCAACCUCAGGCUGUCCUGCCAGCCCAUGCUCAGUUUGGAUGACUUCCAGCUUCAACCUCCUGUCACCUUCCGCCUGAAGUCAGGUUCUGGUCCUGUGCGGAUCACUGGGCGGCACCAGAUUGUUACUGUAAGCAGUGUUUCUGAGGAAGAAGAGAGCGAAGAAGAGGGGAGUGAGGAGAAUGAGGAAGCUGAAUUGUGCCCCAUUCUGCCUGCUAAGAAACAGAGGGGCAGGCCCUAGCCCUCCUUGGAGUGGAACUCUGAACUGUCCUGACCCUCUCUCCCUACUUGCCUUUGAGGUUGGAGGUCAGCAUUUGAAGCUCAGGACUACAUAUUUUAAACACUUUUUACAUUUUUGGAUAAAGGAUGAAAUAAAGUGGUGUAGAGUUUUUUUGCAA